AUGGCCUCGGUCACCUCCUCCGCCGUCACCUCGUCCACCUCCUCCGUCCUUACCUCGGCCGCCUCUACCAUCGGUCACCUCCGCCAUCGGGAGAUAUUCCUCACCUCAAUUGUUGUCGUCAUCGGUCGCCCACCCGCCGUGAUCCAACGCUCUCGCUUCUCAUGGCGUUACACCCGCCCUAGAAGCAACUCUGCCACUCUUCCUCUUCUUGCGGCUAAUUCGACCAGAGCGGAGAUCCAUUCAGGAAUUGAUAGUUAUCUUCUUUUGUUGUUGAUCGAAAAGUCCAGCUUCAGAGACCCAGAGUUCUGGUAUGUUGAGCAAGGUAUUGCUGCACCAGAUUGCGACGGCUCUGCGUCCUUUAGGAUGGCUUUUCACCGCCGUGAUGAGAAAUGGUGGCUCCCAGUGCCUCGCGUGCCUCCCGGUGGCCUUCACAAUAAAACAAGGAAGCAGCUCCAGCACAAACGUGAUUGUGCAAACCAAAUCCUGAAGGCUGCCAUGGCCAUCAACAGCAAUGCUUUAGCAGAAAUGGAGGUCCCUGAAUCUUAUCUUGACUCCCUACCAAAGAAUGGAAGGGCAACCUUAGGUGAUAUCAUAUACCGCUACAUAACAUCUGAUCAGUUCUCUCCUGAGUGCCUUCUUGAUUGCCUGGAUCUGUCCACGGAGUACCAGGCCCUGGAAAUCGCAAACCGUGUCGAGGCGUCAGUGUAUGUGUGGCGCCGGAGGGUUGCUGCCAAACCAGUAAAUGGCUUCUAUAGAAGAGAGGAAGGAUGCUAUUAA